UCUCUCUCUCUCUCUCUCUUCUCUUAUUUAAAGAGAGAAGAGGUACUGCAUCUUGACAGAGAAGCAAUGGCGACGCAAAAUGGGAGUUUGGAGUGUUUACCCAAAAUCAAGUUUACUCAGCUUUUCAUCGACGGCCAAUUCGUCGACGCUCUCUCAGGGAAAAAAUUUGAGACAAUAGAUCCAAGAAAUGAAGAAGUAAUAGCAGAAAUAGCAGAAGGGGACAAGGAUGAUGUUGAUUUGGCUGUCAAAGCAGCUCGUCGUGCUUUCGAUAAUGGUCCAUGGCCUCGUUUCCCUGCUUCUGAAAGAAGAAGAAGAAUGCUAAAGUUUGCGGAUUUGAUAAACCAAAACGUGGAAGAACUGGCAGCAUUAGAAGCUCAAGACGCCGGAAAGAUAUACAACCUCGUGAAGCUCGCCGAGAUCCCUUCGGCCGCCGAGAAGCUCCGCUACUACGCUGGCGCAGCCGACAAGAUUCACGGAUCCACACUGAAGAUGUCCGGCCAGUUUCACGGCUAUACGCUGCUUGAACCGGUAGGCGUAGUGGGCCUCAUCAUCCCCUGGAAUUUCCCCUCCCACAUGUUCAUGAUGAAGGCCGCGCCAGCCCUGGCCGCCGGCUGCACCAUGGUCAUCAAGCCCGCCGAGCAGACCCCUCUCUCCGCCCUCUUCCUCGCCCACUUGUCCAAGCUGGCUGGCAUCCCAGACGGCGUGCUCAAUGUGGUGACCGGCUAUGGCCACUCUGCUGGGGCUGCAAUAACCUCCCAUAUGGAUGUAGACAAGGUUAGUUUCACUGGGUCUACGGAAGUAGGGCGUCUGGUGAUGCAGGCGGCGGCCACUAGCAACCUAAAACCCGUGACGUUAGAACUUGGAGGAAAGUCGCCUUUCAUCAUUUUCGACGACGUUGAUGUCGAUAAAGUUGCGGAUAUUUCUCUAAGUGCCAUUCUGUACAACAAGGGGGAACUAUGCGUUGCUGGUUCUCGUGUUUUUGUUCAAGAAGGAAUAUACGAUAAGUUUAUAGCUACGGUGUUGGAGAGGCUCAAUUCUUGGGUGGUCGGAGAUCCUUUUGAUCCAAAUGUUCGUCAAGGCCCACAAGUGAAUAAAAAGCAAUACAAUCGAAUUCUUUCAUACAUUGAGAUAGGGAAGAAAGAGGGCGCCACUUUGUUAACAGGUGGGAAGCCUCUGGGCAACAAAGGCUACUACAUUGAGCCUACUAUUUUCACUGAUGUAACAGAUGAGAUGACAAUAGCAAGGGAGGAGAUAUUUGGACCUGUGAUGUCAAUUAUGAAAUUCAAGACGGUUGAGGAGGCGAUCAAGAGAGGUAACGCGAGUCAGUAUGGACUGGCAGCGGGAGUGAUGACGAACGAUUUGAACAUUGCAAACACAGUAUCUAGGUCGAUUCGUGCGGGGAUUGUGUGGAUAAACUGCUACAUGGUAUUCAAUGAUGAUCUCCCGUUUGGAGGUUUUAAGAUGAGCGGCUUUGGCAAGGAUUCGGGGAUGGAGUGUCUCCAUGGCUUCCUUCAAGUAAAGUCGAUCGCCAUGCCUAUUCACAACUCUCCUUGGCUCUAAUCAUCCAUACACUGCUAUGUGUUUCUAAACUCUACCAUUCUACAUGGAAUGUUGCCAAAUUAUUCCUAGCUUUAUGCUAAUAAAUAAUUCACAUACAAACAUGGUAACCUUUAUGCAACAACUAUUUGGCAAAUUAUUCAGUCA